UCACAUGGUAACACCAACUUCCUGUUUAUCACAACAACGUAUGGUGGAUUGCAACAUCGUGAGCCGCUGCUGGCGUUUUCAUUCACAUUAAUACAGAGACAGAUUUGAGAAUCUUCCGAGGUACCGCCUUGCAAUUUCAUUCCUGUAGCAUUUCAAGCCAUAGCCAUGGUUGUCAAUUGAACUUGAUGACUUGACGUCAAGGAAACGCGAACAGGCCGUUACGGAUCCUGGACGUUUCCUGAGUAGCUGACCGCAGUGUUCCCGGGCGGUGUAAGGUAUUGCCGUUCCACCUCCCGUCUGAAACUCAAACCAACCCCUGGGAGCUGCAGGAUUGCUGAACGAAUUUACGUGGUUGUGUAGCUUUGUGUAGUACACGAGUCUAAUAGCAUCACUUAGGCGUUUGAGGAUAACUAGUACCAGUUAGCUCGCGGUAACUGGACUGGAACUCCUGGCCGGCCGUGCGAGUCGUGUCAGUUUGUUUUGAAAGCGAAACAGGUCGCCGGUGCCCUGAAUUCCGAAAGACCUUCCGGCACUGGCCCCUUCAAGAGGGCAGUCAGGAAGAGACUGGCUGGUAAGGGAUGGCCUGGUCGGUCUCACCGUUCCAGUGGACAAGGAGCUGCGGUGUUUGAAGGCAAUCGAGUCCGGCUAGAGCCCGCCACCGCGGCUCGAGGCAGAAUGAUGGCCGCCUCCCCCUCCGUGGCCGGUGGCUUCAAGGCUACUGGGCUGUCGGCCAGAAAGGGUGAAGAAAUUGUGGAUUUGAUUGACUUAUUUUCCAAGACCCAGUACAGAGCAAAGGAAGUCACUCCUCGGAUGGAGUCAAUAGAAACCUGUUGUUUGGAGUUGUUUGCCAAAGAUUACAAGUACAGUGUAAUCCAUAACACUAAUGGUGAAGUGUGUGGCCAUUACCCACGGCGGAUAGUGUUCCUGGAGUAUGAAUGCACAGAUGUUGAUCGAGACAGGUUUGAGAGCACAGUGCAGAUCAGUAAGCUUCAAGAUUUGGUGAACCGGAGUAAACUGGCCCGAUGCAGAGGGCGGUUCGUCUGUCCAGUCAUUUUCUACAAUGGCAAGCACAUUUGUCGUUCGUCCACUCUGGCCGGCUGGGGGGAACUCUAUGGACGCACAGGCUAUAAUUACAUCUUUUCUGGGGGCAGUGAUGAUACAUGGGAAGACUCUGAGGAGAUUCUAGAGGAUGACUGUGGAGUCAGGAAUGGGGACUCACAGCUUUUUGACAAGGUCCGAGGCCACGACAUUAAGCUCCUCCGGUACUUGUCCGUUCGCUACAUCUGCGACCUUAUGGUGGAGAACAAGAAGGUUAAGUUUGGCCUGAAUGUGACAUCUUCUGAGAAGGCUGACAAAGCCCAACGCUAUGCAGACUUCACUUUGAUCUCUGUGCCUUAUCCUGGGUGUGAAUUUUUUAAAGACUACAAAGACCGAGACUACACAGCUGAGGGACUUGUGUUCAACUGGAAUCAGGACUAUGUGGAUGCUCCCUUGACGAUUCCUGAGUGCUUCACCAAGAACUUAAACAUUGAUUGGGCUCAGUACCAGUCAUGGGACCUGGUGGAACAGACGCAGAACUACCUGAAGCUACUUCUACACAUCAUCAAUAGUGAUGAUGAAAGUGGCCUUCUUGUGCACUGCAUAUCAGGCUGGGACCGAACACCUCUGUUUGUUUCUCUCCUCAGGCUGUCUCUUUGGGCAGAUGGUGCGGUACACAGCAGUCUGGAAGCGGCUGAGAUCUUAUAUCUGACCAUUGCUUAUGACUGGUUCCUCUUUGGUCACAUGCUGCCAGACCGACUCUCCAAGGGGGAGGAGAUUUUCUUUUUUUGCUUCAAUUUUUUGAAGCACAUUGUCUCAGAGAAGUUCUCUGCUGUUAAAAAACACAGAAGGAAGAACUCUCACUGCAAAGAUGGUGAUUUUACAGUCGAGGACCUUUGCCAGUUAAAGUCCAGGGAUCGUGGAAGUGUGACGAGUCUGAGCAGUGACUUUUCCCUCAUCACUGAGGAAGUGGGUGUGACUUCCAGCUUCACAAGCGACACUGUGGACCUCUUCUGUGGCCAGCCUUCACUUUCAACCUGGAAAAAAGGCAACACCUCCUCUCCUCAAAUGGUCGUAUGGAGCAAACAAAACCCUCUGGAUGAACAGCUCCCACACCCCCACAAUGAGGCUCGAUCUUCCAGUUCAUCCUCCUCCAAUCAUUCAGAACACGGCAUCACGCGCACGGGAAGCAGCCCUUUGGCUGUACCCAACCGAAGGUUUGCAACAGACUACAAUCGGUCCGGGUCUUCGCUGUCUACAGAGUAUGGUAGUUGGCAGAUCGUCUCUGGUUGUGGUAGCAUUCAUGAUCAUCCUCCUUAUCAGCCACCGCUGGCUUCAGCCUGCUCCACCUCGUCUGCUCUGGCUGCACCCUAUGACUCCCUCCUGCCCUUCAGCUUUCAGGAGGAAGGACCCAACGGACGACUGUGUCCCUUUCCCUCAGAACGUCAAGCCCGUCUAGAAGCUGUAAGGGAAAUCUUCCUGGCAGCCUACAGUUCUACAGUGGGUCUAAAGUCUGUAGCGUCCAGUCCCUCUGGCGCCAUCACAGGCCUGCUUGAGCAGUUCGCCCGAGGUGUCGGCCUCCGAAGUACCAACGCUCUUGUCUAAUCCCCUUUCAGUGUGAUUGCUGAGUAAGAGCGAUGCUUCAUCAAAUCCAUCCAUCAAAUAAAUUAUUUAUGGACUACAAUAAAGUGCCAAACAUGCCUUGUGCAGGGGAUUUUUACUUUUGUCAAACAUUA